AUGCUAUCGCAGCAUUUAAUUCUGUCGCUCUUUCUGGCCAGCGGUCGCGUGCUGGUCAAUGCCGCCCAGUCUCCACCUGUUGAGGAUUAUGAUGUGCUCCAAUAUAUCGAUCCGCUGAUCGGCAGCGCAAACGGAGGAAAUGUUUUUCCGGGUGCUUCGCUGCCCUAUGGCAUGGCCAAGGCGGGCGCUGAUACCAAUUCCGACAGCAACCAGGGUGGUUUCGCAUACGAUGGCAGUAAUGUGACUGGCUUUUCAAGCAUGCACGACUCCGGCACAGGUGGCAGUCCUUCUCUCGGCAAUUUUCCUCUAUUUCCAUACGCACAAUGCAAGGAUGAUGAUGUGAAUGGCUGCGCCUAUCCGAAGAAAUCCCGGGCAACUCCUUAUACUCCAGGCUCGGUCCAGGCCAGCCCGGGCUACUUUGCACUUUCCUUGGAAUCGGAUGUAGACGUUGAAAUGACCGCAGCUCAGCAUACUUCUCUCUUUCGAUUCACAUUUCCAGAGGACAGCAACCCACUGAUUUUGUUGGAUCUCUCCGAUUUGUCCGACUCCCGACAGGACAACGCAUCCAUCUCCAUUGAUGAAUACAGCGGCCGUAUGACGGGGAGUGGCAGGUUCCUGCCAAGCUUUGGGAGUGGAGCAUAUACGCUCCAUUUCUGUGCCGAUUUCCAAAGCACUGGCUGGUUGCGGGAUAGUGGUGUUUUUGUCGAUGCUCGAGCCAGUACCGGCGUCCACGAUCUGACCAUUUCGCGAAGUAUCAAUGGCUAUCCACUACCGGGAGGUGGAUUCAUUCGUCAUGAGACCCCUUCCGACGGCAUUGUCCAAGCCCGUGUGGGUGUUAGCUUCAUUAGCCCCGAGCAAGCAUGCUCUCAUGCGGAAGCAGAGAUCGGCGACUUUGAUUUCGAAGCAACCCGUCAAGCUGCUGUUGAUCAGUGGACUGAGAAACUCCAACCAAUUCGUGUCUCACGCAAUGGUGUAAAGGAGUCUGUUCUCACUAACUUCUACAGUGGUAUCUAUAGAACCAUGAUUAACCCUCAGAAUUAUACUGGCGAGAACCCAUUGUGGACAAGCUCUGAGCCAUACUUUGACUCUUUCUAUUGUCUAUGGGAUUCUUUCCGCUCCCAAAUUCCAUUCCUGACGAUCUUCGAUCCAAGCUCCGUGGCUCAGAUGGUUCGCUCGCUUAUUGAUACUCAGCGUCAUCUGGGAUGGCUACCCGACUGCCGCAUGUCGCUAUGUAAGGGUACGGAUGAUAGCUCUGCUGAAAAUGAAGUUAUGACACCGGCUGACCUUCAAUAUCCAGGUUUUACACAGGGAGGCUCAAACGCCGAUAACAUCUUGGUCGACGCCUACAUUAAGGGCCUCACUGACGGGAUUGAUUGGGACGCAGGCUAUGUGGCAGUUCAGAAAGAUGCCGAGGAGGAGCCAUACGAUUGGUCCAAUGAGGGCCGUGGAGGUCUUCAAAGCUGGAAAUCGUUACAUUAUAUUCCCGUGGAAGAUUUCGACUACUUGGGCUUUGGCACGAUGACACGCAGUAUUUCGCGCACCCUUGAGUACUCAUACAACGAUUUCGCUAUUGCGCAGAUGGCUCGGGGUCUCAACAAAACUGGGGACGCCGAGAAGUAUGAGACGCGUUCCGAGUCUUGGAAAAACUUGUUCAAGCAGGAUCAAACCUCCUUCAUUAACGGAAAAGACACUGGGUUCACUGGUUUCUUCCAGCCCAAGUAUCUUAAUCAAACUUGGGGAUACCAGGACCCUCUCCAGUGCUCAAACAUUGACAACAGCGGAAGCAUCUGCUCCCUUCAGAAUAAUGCCGCAGAAACAUUUGAGUCCAGUAUCUGGGAAUACCAAUUCUUUGUUCCUCAUGAUAUGGCAGCUCUGAUUCCCUUGCUCGGCGGCCCUUCCAACUUUGUCAAGCGCCUUGAUUACCUCCACGAUCAGAACAUCACCUACAUUGGCAACGAACCUGCCUUCCUCACUGUUUUUCAAUAUCAUUAUGCUGGCCGUCCCGCUAAAUCCACCGCACGAGUCCGCACAUAUAUUCCAGACUUCUUCUCUCCAACACCAACAGGACUCCCUGGCAAUGACGACUCUGGUGCAAUGGGCUCAUUUGUCGCCAUGUCCAUGAUGGGCCUUUUCCCAAACCCGGGACAGAGCGUGUAUCUCAUCACAGUUCCGUUCUUUGAAUCAGUGAGCAUCGUCUCGCCCCUCACAGGAAACACAGCCACCGUGCGCGUUGCAAACUGGAGUAAAUUCAAUUCGCUCAACGAUACUGGAGGUACUGGAUUUAUCCAGUCAGCGACCCUGAAUGGACAGCCCUAUACUCGAAGCUGGGUCGACCACAACUUCUUCACCGAGGGUCAAGACUUGGUGCUCAUUUUGGGUCGCAAUGAGAGUGCAUGGGGUACUGGUCCUGACGACCUACCGCCUUCUUUAUCAGAUAGCACAUCAUCGAGUGUGAUGGGUCGUUCGUUUUUUGGUGGCAUUGUCGAAGAGUUGAAUAGGUCCAAGAGACCUAUUGUUGGCGGCCGUGGGAUCCAUGCUAGGCAUACUAUGCACUUGGAUCAUCAUGCUAAGUUUGUUAGAGGCCCAUAUUGGCAGAAGGGUUGGUAG